AUGGGUGAAUUCUUGGGCGAGCGAACCUGUGAUUGGCAACACAUGAACUGGGUUGUGUUGUUGAUUGUUUGCGAUGAAUCGACUGCUUGGACAGUAUUGACCCGUGCGGACCUAUGGCUCAAGACGAAGAGACGUUCUGCCGAGCUCCCCCGGAAGCUUGCCAUCACGAUCCCGCCAUGGAAGGCCGGCGGGGCCGGGGCGGUGCCGGAGACGAUGCUGUUGGUCCCCUUGUUGCCCUGCUGGCAGGAGAUGGUCCACGUCGUCGUCCCAUGUGAGGGCCUAAAUGGUGUCUGGCAUUGUCUGGCAGUCUUCGGCGCUGAGCUGAGGAGCGGCGACGACGGGCCGGCAGAUGAGCCAAGACCGUAUCAAGUGUCUUCGAAGCAGCUGCAGAAGCGUGUCGUGAAGUCGGCAGAUGGGGGAGCUAAGCACAGCUUGGAGUUGGCAUCGGACGGCGAGCGCAGCGUGCUCAGCCAGGAGGGAGCUGCGCUCGUUGGCACCGAUGUCUGGGUCGUUGGCAUAGACACGGCUGGGUCAGUGGUUUUCGGCCCCUCGCAGAGUCCGCGAAAGAAGCCAAUACAUUUGAGAUCCCGAUUCAGAAGCAGCAUUUGGAAAGUUGCAGUCGGUUCCAUGCGCCUUCUUUGUCUUCCAGUGUUCAGUUGGGGCUGCAACGACGAUAGGCCGCUGGGCAGAGCUCCUUCCGAUGAUUCGAACAGUGGCCCGUCGGAUGUGGGAACUCAUUUAACGACAAUGGCGUGUGGAGUCGCAGUUCGCCAUCUUGCGGAGACCGCUGUAGCUGAAAAUAGCUUUGCGGGCUUCGCGAGCUUGGAUGAUUGCAAGUCGAAGUGCAACACCCGCUCUUUGCAUUGGGAUGGAAGCAACCGCGAUGGUUCCUGCUUCUCCUUUCAGAAAAAGGGCUGCGAGAGGGGUGAGGUCCAACUUUGGAUCAAUGUCGGCUUCGAUCCUGGCUUUAAGGUUCCUCUUAGCGCUCCCAGCGCGGCGGGCGAUGAGGAAGGGUUUGUUGAAGUGCCGGUCAGUGAGGUGGAUUUCUUGCACUCCGUUAUGGCUGAGAUUUUGAAUAGUUUGGACCCAGGCUGCCAAGCAUGUGGCCGAGUCAUCAAUUGCAAGCAGUUCACUUUGGUCCCUGCCAGUGAGGUGGCACUGUUGCACGACAUCAUGGGAGAGGUUCUUCAGAGCUUCGAUCCUGGCUUUAAGGUUCCUCUUAGCGCUCCCAGCGCGGCGGGCGAUGAGGAAGGGUUUGUUGAAGUGCCGGUCAGUGAGGUGGAUUUCUUGCACUCCGUUAUGGCUGAGAUUUUGAAUAGUUUGGACCCAGGCUGCCAAGCAUGUGGCCGAGUCAUCAAUUGCAAGCAGUUCACUUUGGUCCCUGCCAGUAAGUCGAUUGACGAGAUGCCGGCUUAA